AUGCACCAAGCUCCUCCACGCUUUAGUCCGCCCGAAAACCAAGCGCUCAUCGCGGUGGGAAGCGCUACAAGCACCACUGCAGAUAAUUCUAGCACCUCAAUUAGGGCGAAUCCACCCACCAUAUCUUUACCUAACAACAAUGAUUUAAACAACUGCAACGAUACUCAUGUUACGCGACAAGAUGAUCGCCUGGUAAAACUCUUUUAUGAAAACUUGCACCUUGCCCACCCCAUUCUAGUGCCCAGCGCCUUCUAUCAUGGGCAACAAUACCCUCGAUUCCUACAAUUGGUAGUCCACCUGAUCGGGUCGCGAUACUUGCCCUCCGAGCCGAGCCAGCAGUUGAAGGACAAUGUCGAAUCUCAAUUGACAAUGAGUCAAGAUCGGUCCCCUUCCAUGGUCCAGGCCUGUCUUUUAUAUGCCAUCUAUCUUGAUGCAUGUAAUGACUACUCAAAAGCUCGCGAUGCAUUUUCGAAAUCGGCACAGAUAGCGUCCGAGCUAGGCAUGCAUCGAAGCAGCUUUGCCUCAUCCAUGGGCUCGGAGCGGUCGGUCGAGGCCGAGAGCAUGCGAAGAACAUGGUGGGAGCUCUACGUGGUCGACGUUUUCAUGAACAUUUCGUCCAAGCCACUGACAUUUCACUGCCAAAUUGCAACGCCCGAGGUGGCAUUGCCCUGUGAGGAAGCCCUAUACGUGAGAGCUAGUGGCAUUCCUGCCCCUGCCAGCUUCUUGGCUUUCAGGCGCCGAGUUUUUUCCGCCGAAGAAACCAUCUUUCCGUCCUUCAGCUAUCGCAUCGAUGCCGUCAUGAUACUUUGCCGCGUUCUUGUACUGAAUCAAGUACGGGAGCCGCACCGUGAUCAACUGCAAGCGGUCGAAAACGCGCUCGUCAGCUGGGUUAAUCAUUUGCCCUCAUCGAAAAGAGAGAUCAUCGACUCGUACGGCACCGUUGACGAAAUGAUGUUCCAGGCACACAUUGCCAUUGCGUAUGCUGCCAUGUUGCUGCAUCUUCCACGUAGCGAGUUGCAACCGCUUCUUCCGCCGCGGGGUGACAUAUUCUGGCCCUGCACACCCAGUGAACUCUCUUCGACCUUCUCUCGGGUCGUUCACAGCAUCAAGGCGACCGAGGCAUCUAGACGCGUGUCGGAUUUCGUGUCGAUAUGUCCAAACAUGAACAAACACAGCCCGUUGAUCACACCUGCGUUGGGGCUCUGCGGAAUGAUUCAGCUCGCCACCUCGCUGAGCCACGCAGACGACUGCUUUGAUCACCACUGCAACCGCGUCACCCUGAUAUUGGGCUGUUUGCGCGUGGCGGGGCGUACGUGGGAUUCGGCAAGCAUGACUUUUCAUCGGGUACGGACGUGCGCGGCCGAGAUAUUAUCCGAGUCAAUCGAUGACUGGAGCAGCAGGCUAUCCGAAAAGAUCACUCCGGGCCAUAAUAUAAAUGACUUGAGGAGUGGCAACAGGGAUCUUGGAUCGCUACAGAAUGAUCAGGAUGCACAGAAUCAGGUACUGCUGGAUUUGUCCCAAGGCUUUGUCGAUUCAGCUUGUUACGAUACUUCACUUUUCAAUAGUCUUGGAGAUUUUGAUCUCAUCUAA